AUGAGCAUCCUCAUCGGCUGGGAGAGCCCGCUGGACCAGUACUUCAUGGCGCAGCCUGCCCGCCUCUUCGGCCGGCCCAUCGAGCACGCCACCAUCGACCCGGCGCAGCCCAUGGUGCUGGAGGCGCACGCUGUGUGCGCUGCGGCGGAGCUCCCCCUGGUCCUGACCCCAGACCUGGACCUGGCUUGCUUCUCCACAGCCCUGCGUCCGGUGUGCGAGAACCUGAAGGCCAGCGGGCUGCUGGGGAGGCACCCUGGGUCGGCGGCAGACCACUCCAUGCUGCACUACACGGGCCAGUUCAGCAACCCGGCCGCCAAGAUCAGGUUCAGGGGAUGGAGUCUCAGGGCCAUCGACCCGGAGCGCUUUGCCAUUGUCAAUGAGGCCGCGGGCGGGACGGUCCUGGAGGAGAUAGAGGAGAGCAAGGCCUUCUUCGAGGUGUACGACGGAGCCGUCUACAUGUACCAGGGGCGCACCUAUCUCUGCGUAAAACUGGACCUGGAUGCCCGAGUGGCCAUUGUGCGCCCUGCGGACGUCAAGUACUACACAGCCGUCUCCGAUAUGACAGAGGUGCAAGUCCAGGGCGGCAUGCCGUCUUUCCCCGCUCCGCCAGCCGCCACGCCCCCGCCCCUAGAUCCAGGCGUGGACGCCAAACCCGAGGAGGCUGUGCACCUGCUUUCCACCUCUGCCACCUGCGCACCUGCCACCAUCACCAUGCGGUUCCUGGGUUUCAAACGUGUCUGGCGCGGCAGCGGCGUCGUGUUCGACCGUGUGGAGCUCUUCCUCCCAGACAUGCGCUUCAGCACGGAUGCCACAUACAUCCGCCUGCCCCACAUAGUCCGCCUGUCUCUGAGGGAUGCAGAGUGCGACAAUCCAUAUGACACUCGGUACAAGCCGGAGCGGCUCCUUAUCUACGACAAGCACCCGGGAGGCAUAGGCCUGUGUGCCGCGGCAGCAGGCCUCUUUGGUCAGAUCCUGAUCCGGGCCCUGCAGCUGGUGGAGGCUUGCGAAUGCACCUCGGACAUUGGGUGCCCAUGCUGUGUACAGCACGUGUCUUGCAGCCAGUACAACACAGUGCUAAGCAAGCCUGGCGGUGUACUGGUGCUGCAGACCCUCAUCAAGUGGGAGGAGGAAAGGGCUGCUCAGACCCGCCAAUUGGAGCUUGCAAGGGAAGAAGGAGCUUGA